AUGGCCAAGAUCUCCCGUGGUGCCCCCGGUGGCAAGCUCAAGAUGACCCUGGGUCUCCCUGUCGGUGCCGUCAUGAACUGCGCCGACAACUCCGGUGCCCGUAACCUCUACAUCAUCGCCGUCAAGGGUAUCGGCGCCCGCCUGAACCGCCUGCCCGCCGGCGGCGUCGGCGACAUGGUCGUCGCGACCGUCAAGAAGGGCAAGCCCGAGCUGCGCAAGAAGGUCCACCCCGCCGUCAUCGUCCGCCAGGCCAAGCCCUGGAAGCGCUUCGACGGCGUCUUCCUCUACUUCGAGGACAACGCCGGCGUCAUCGUCAACCCCAAGGGUGAGAUGAAGGGCUCCGCCAUCACCGGCCCCGUCGGCAAGGAGGCCGCUGAGCUGUGGCCCCGUAUCGCCUCCAACUCGGGCGUCGUCAUGUAA